AUGGCAUCAACCUCACUCCUCAAGGCAUCUCCGGUGUUGGACAAAUCCGAGUGGGUCAAGGGACAAAGCGUUCUCUUCCGUCAGCCUUCUUCCGCCUCCGUCGUCCUCCGCAACCGCUCCACCUCCCUCACCGUCCGUGCCGCUUCCUCCUACGCCGAUGAGCUUGUUAAGACAGCGAAAACAAUUGCGUCUCCGGGACGCGGAAUCUUGGCGAUGGACGAGUCGAACGCGACUUGCGGGAAGCGUUUGGACUCGAUAGGGCUAGAGAACACUGAGGCAAACCGUCAAGCUUACCGGACAUUGCUGGUCUCUGCACCAGGACUCGGACAGUACAUCUCCGGCGCAAUCUUGUUCGAGGAGACUCUCUACCAAUCCACCGUUGAAGGCAAGAAAAUGGUCGACGUCCUCGUCGAGCAGAACAUCGUCCCCGGCAUCAAAGUCGACAAGGGUUUGGUGCCACUUGUUGGCUCUAACAAUGAAUCAUGGUGCCAAGGACUCGACGGUCUAUCCUCUCGAACUGCUGCUUACUACCAACAGGGUGCUCGUUUCGCCAAAUGGCGUACUGUCGUGAGCAUUCCCAACGGUCCGUCUGCUCUCGCUGUAAAAGAAGCUGCUUGGGGUCUUGCCCGAUACGCUGCCAUUUCGCAGGACAGUGGAUUGGUUCCAAUUGUGGAGCCAGAGAUCAUGUUGGACGGAGAACAUGACAUUGACAGGACUUACGAAGUAGCAGAGAAGGUUUGGGCUGAGGUCUUCUUUUACCUUGCUCAGAACAAUGUCAUGUUUGAAGGUAUCCUCCUGAAACCGAGCAUGGUGACUCCCGGAGCUGAGGCUAAAGACAGAGCUACUCCUGAACAAGUUGCCUCCUACACACUCAAGCUCCUCCGCAACAGAAUCCCUCCUGCCGUCCCCGGAAUCAUGUUCUUGUCCGGAGGACAGUCUGAGUUGGAGGCAACGUUGAACCUGAACGCGAUGAACCAGGCACCAAACCCGUGGCACGUGUCCUUCUCCUACGCCCGCGCUCUGCAGAACACUUGUUUGAAAACAUGGGGAGGCAGAGCCGAGAACGUGAACGCGGCUCAGACCACUCUCUUGGCCCGGGCCAAGGCCAAUUCGUUGGCUCAGCUCGGAAAAUACACCGGAGAAGGUGAGUCCGAAGAGGCUAAGGAGGGUAUGUUCGUCAAAGGCUACACCUAUUGA